AACAUGUAAGGUCGUUGGGCGUUGUUAUUGAAUAUGUUGUUAUGACGAGUAAACAUAGAAACGUACAAUAAAGUUUUUAAAACUUUAAGAAGAGUGAAAUAAAGUUACUAACGUGUUUUUAUAGCAACAGAGAACAGUUACAAAAUUAUAUAAUCUUAUACGAGUUUUCUGUGCUAACAUAUUUCUAAAUAGACCGCGCCCUGAAUUUCUUCGCAACCAUUUAGCUUUGAUACUUACAAGUGGGCGAAAAUAUUUUAUUACACCAAGAAAUUAAGAAUGCGGAUGUAGAAACAAGAAAGCAACAAUGUUUUGCAAAAUUUUGUUUUGCGUGCUGUCUCUUAUGGUUGUCAGUGGGGGCGCCAUCAGGUGCUACCAGUGCUCCUCCGGCCACGGGCAGGAGCCCAAGGGGGAGGACAACUGCGGGGCGUAUCGCAAGUUCGACACGUCCGAGCACAUAGCCAUCGAGUGCAGCAGCGACGAGUCUUCGACACCCGGCUCCUUCUGCAUGAAGGUCGUCCAGCAAGGUCCCAAGGGGUUCAUAUGGGACGGGCGCUGGAGGCAGGUGAUCCGGCGCUGCGCGUCGGUGGCUGAGAACGGCGUGACGGGGGUGUGCAACUGGGGCGUGUACGACAACGGCGUGUACUGGGAGGAGUGCUACUGCUCGGAGGACGGCUGCAACGGAGCUGGGGGCCCGGGGCCCGGCCUCCUCCUGGGGGUCGCUCUGCCCGCGGUGGCAGCACUGCUCGGGCGGCUGCGCCUCUGAGGCCUGCCAGGCCACGCUUCCCGCCGCGCUCUGUCCGUCCUUCCUUCGUCUGCAGCUCGACGCACAGUUUUUAUAGAAAAGUUUAUAUAUAUGUAUUUAUAGAUAAGUAUUUAUAAGAUCUGUGAAUUUUUUUUUGGAAAAGUGCUCCUUUUUUAAAAACUUGGAUAUUAUGCGUAGUUCCAAACACUCGUGUUCUGUUUUAUUUGAUCAGGUUUACAAUUAUGACGUCAGUAAAAUAUUUUUGAUGGCAGGAAGUUUUUUAAAAUGAUAAUUCACAUUUUAGUUUUUAGUUUUCUCUUUUUUUUUUUUUUUUUUU